CCAGUUUUUGAAAGCUUUGGCUGAUAACUGCCGGUAUCACUCCAGUGUUACUUAGUGAUUAUAGUUCUAAAGACUUGAAAUGAACCUCCUGAUAAAAGCAGUGCUUCUUCGAACUCUUGGCUUCUUUCUUUGGGUCUCUCUUAGUGCUUGGUUGUUUGUCGUGGUUGAAUAUGAGGAAACAGACGAAAAAGAAGAAAAAUAUAAGUUGUUGCUUUCUUUGUACGAGUUUCUCGCGUCUAAAUACAACAUGAGCAUCGAAGAGUUUAAUAAUAUCUCCAAUUCCGCUUACGAGGCUUUGAGCCAGCCUAAAUUACAAUGGACGUACUGCAGAGCAACGGAUUUUGUUUUUCAGUCUCUAACCACCAUUGGCUAUGGAUAUAUCACUCCUCGGACACAGACAGGCCAGAUGCUUUGCAUCUUCGUCUCGUUGCUGGGAAUUCCUAUCACAUUGCUUGCAUUUAAGUCAGUCGGUGAACUCAUAGCCAAAGGGGUGGCCACAUCUGUUACAAAGUUUGAGAAGAAAAUCUUGAAGAGGUCCGAGCCCAACAAGUUGCAAGCAAAAAGUGCUCUGAUUCUGUUUGUGAUGAUGACAUUAUUAAUAGUGUUAAGCAGCCUGUUGUUGGUUUACUUUGCAAAUUGGUCUUUCGUCACAGGUGCUUAUUUCUGGUUUAUAACAUUUACUACAAUCGGAUUUGGUGACUACGUGCCAGGGCUUCCCAAAAGGAUGAGGCAAUUAACUCCGAAUGAUUUUACGUACGAAGACAACGACAAAAGACCUCGGGACGGAGGAGAAACCGAAUUUAUUUUCGAAGGUCUUUUUCUCCCAUUGUACUUGAUUUUGGGCUUGUGCAUCGUCUCGAGUGUUCUCAAUUCCAUAAUGAUGGCCCUCGAAGAACACAAGUGUCGGCCUCCGUGUCCCGGAUGUGUCUCCAGAAGGACACAGAAUCAAGGGGACAUUGAUGAUUACACUCCAACAGAAGGCGAAGCUAACACGGCGACUUGCUUGAGCAUGGAUAACUAUGGAUUUCACAAGGAAAACAUGACACCAGUGGUGCAGUAAAUGAACCGAAGUAACUGUUUUACACCAGUCCAGGAGUCCACUCACCCACCGACUAAUUCACAACAGGUCGACUCGCCCUCACCUCGACUUACCAAUAGAUCAACCCGGCCACAACUUGACUCGCCAAUGGGUUAACUCACGCACAAGUUAACUUGCUCAAGGUUGAAUUCUGUUAUGGAUCAACUUGCUCACACAACUCGCCUGCAGUGUACUCGCCCAAUAUGCUAAUUCGCCCAUAAGUCAACUGACCAACGAGUUAACACCCCUACAAGUCAACUCGUAAAUCAAAUUGAUACAUGCCACAAGAAAAAAAAAAAAUUAAACGAGUUUUUCGCCGGAUAGAAAAAGGCAUCAGCAUUGCUAUUCACCUCAGCAGAUGACAAAUCAACAAAUAAUCAUGGAUAGAUGUAAAGCUAGUUUGAGGUUACUGCGACACUUACCAACAGUUGACUUUCAAUUACACAAAUACAUUACGGGUCUUUUGGGCAUCAAAACAAGUCAGGAAGAUGGCAGUAAUGUCACCUCCUCAGUCGACCCCAACCAAAUUGCGUGAGAUAGAAAUUCUCAUUUAUGCAAUUAAACUUGCAAGCAAAUUGUGCUCUGAAUAGAACCAACCUGACACAAAGUAUAAAAGUAGAAAAAAAAAAACACACACACACACACACACACACACUCACAAUAAUAAAAAUCUGGCGACUUUAGUUAUAGGGAGAUUUUAAAGACCCCAGACGUAAUUACAAGUCUUACAAGUCCAAUUCGUCUCUCCGGCUGCGUAAGGUCAGCGGCACAGUAUGAAGCGAGAUGGACUACAGACAUCCACAAUAGUCCUUUUUACAGUUCUGGGCUUG